AUGAGAUUAAUCUUUCAUUUGCCUGGAGAGCAAAAUAUCAUCUUUAAAGAUGAUGACGAUCUUGAAGAAAUCGUGGAAGAAGAGGAAGGAAAAUGUACGAUGUUCGUAGCAUGGAUGGAGGCCAAUAAAAAAUUUGAAGCAGGUCAAACUUUGACGUAUGCUGAGUUUCCAAAUCAAUUUAUUUAUGAUAGAGAAUCAAGGGAAUGGCAUCCACGCAAAAGAGGGUAUUCUAUCGAAAAGUUAAAUUAUGUUCCACAUGGUACAGGUGAUAUUUAUUAUAUGAGAAUUUUGUCAGCUAUUCAGAGAGGUUGCACAUCAUAUGAGUCUAUUAGGACAGUUAAUGGAAUUACAUAUUCUAGCUUCCAAGAUGUUUGCUGUUCCAUGGGACUACUGUGCGAUGAUAGGGAAUUCAUUGCAGCUAUUAAUGAGGUAGCUGAACUUACAUCUGGUCAUCAAUUGAGAAAACUAUUUGCGAUGCUACUGAUAUCUAAUAGCAUUACCAACCCAGAGCGUGUUUGGAAUGCAACUUGGACAUUAUUAGCUGAUGGAAUACUAUAUGAGAGGAGAAAAGCUUUAAAAAAUCAAGGACUAAACAUGACUGAUGACGAAUUGAAAAAUCUCUGCCUUAUUGAGAUUGAGAAGAUACUCAACAGCAAUGCGAGAUCUUUAAGAGACUAUCAAUCAAUGCCAUAUCCUGAGAUGUCUGAUGUUCGCCUUUUUCAGAAUAAGCUAAUAGAGGAGGAGUUAGCAUAUGACACAAAUGAGUUGAUUCAUACAAACUUAUAUACGGAACAAAAGAUGACUCAUGAGCAAAGGUUAGUAUUUGAUGAGAUACUCAAUGCUGUUAUUACAGACUCUGGUGGUUUUUACUUCGUUUAUGGGCAUGGUGGGUGUAGUAAGACAUUUAUUUGGAAUGGACUUUCUUCUGCUAUUCGGUCUAGAGAAAAAAUUGUUUUAAAUGUCGCAUCCAGUGGAAUUGCUUCUUUACUCCUACCUGGUGGCAGAACGGCUCAUUCUAGAUUUUCAAUACCCAUUACAAUUACUGAUGAAUCUACUUGCAACAUCAAGCAUGUCAGUUUGAAGGAUGAGCUGCUCAUCCAAAGUAGCUUAAUAAUUUGGGAUGAAGCUCCAAUGCUCAAUAAAAUGUGCUUUGAAGCACUUGAUUGGACGCUCAGGGAUCUUAUGUCAGUUACCGAUCAACAUAAGACACAUCAACCAUUUGGUGGUAAGGUUGUUGUUCUAGGAGGUGAUUUCAGACAGAUACUUCCGGUGAUUCCGAAAGGAAGUAGACACGAUAUAUUGGCAUCCGUUAUUAACUCAUCCCAUUUGUGGUCAUUUUGUAAGAUUCUGAAACUGCAUACGAAUAUGAGGCUUCUAAUGUCUUCUUCGGAUCAAGAUGAAGGUGAAAUGAAGAUAUUUGCUAAUUGGAUACUUGAUGUUGGAAAUGGAAAUAUUGGCUCUGUUGUUGGUGAUGAAUCAGAAGUUGAAAUUCCAGAUGAUAUAUUGAUUACAACUACUGAUGACGCUCUCUCUCAUUUGAUAGACUUUGCAUAUCCAAUUUUGUUGCAAAACAUGUUAGAUUACAGGAUGGAAAAGGAGUAUUUGAGCUCUGACACAUGUCAAGCUGAUGAGAAUGAAGAUGUACAACAAGAAUGGUUCACACCAGAGUUCUUAAAUAACAUCAAAUGUUCGGGACUACCCAAUCAUAAGUUGACUUUGAAGGCAGGAUUUGCUGUAAUGCUACUGCGAAACAUAGAACAGACUUCAGGUUUAUGCAACAGGACAAGAUUAAUAGUUAACGAACUUGGCAACAACGUAAUUGGAGCGACGGUAGUGACCGAUAGAAAUAUUGGAGAUAAAGUGUACAUUCCAAGAAUGAACUUGAUCCCUUCAGAUUCAGGAUUGCCAUUUAAGUUCCAACGGAGACAAUUUCCAUUAAUAAUAUGCUUUGCAAUGACUAUUAAGAAGAGUCCGUGUCAAUCAUUAUCACAUGUAGGGCUAUAUUUGCCAAAAUCAGUGUUCACCCAUGGACAACUUUAUGUUGCUUUGUCAAGAGUUAAGAGUCGCAGUGGCCUCAGAGUUUUAAUUCUAGACGAAGACGGCAAUCCAAAGUCAUCAACAAUAAAUGUCGUGUUCAAAGAGGUUUUUAAUAAUAUUUAG